AUGAAACAAACCAUGAUAAGCAAUAAUAAACCCUUGAGGAAGACAAGAACUUUUCUCCUUAAGAGGUCAGAAUCAAUGCAGCAACCCACAGAAUUUGUCCCUAGAAAGUCUCCUGUGGUCGAAUUCCCCACCUCUCCUCAACUGAUAUUUGGGGAGGAGAUGCUUCACUUCGGUCACCCACAGCAUCCUCUGUCCCAAGUUAACCUACCUGACCUUUUCACCUGUGCUGGCUGCAAAGAGUAUGGUGCAGGCAAGAGGUUCGUCUGCCAGCAAUGUAACUUUCAGCUACAUGAUUUUUGUGCCUUGGCUCCUCCUGCUCUAAAUAGCCACCCCUUUCACUUCCAACACCAACUUGUUUUGUAUUCUAAAUCAGUCAAAGGAGGAAUUGCACAAUCGAAGUGUGAUGUUUGCCACAAGCCCGCCAAAGGCUAUGCUUUCAGAUGCAGCACAUGUAGCUUCCAGAUGCAUCCUUGCUGUGCUAUGCUGUCUUCAGAAAUCAACUUGCAAACCCAUCCUCAUACCCUCAGGCUUUUGCCAGCAACGUCAUCAUCAAACGGCGACCCUAAUAGUAGCAGUAGUUUUGUUUGUGGAGAAUGUAGAAGGAAGAGGUCAGGGAGAGUGUACCACUGCACCGUCUGCAAUUACCAUGUUCAUGCAGUUUGUGCUAAGGACAUGAUCAAUGGGCUUCAUGACAAUGGCCACAAAGGCCGAGAAAAGCCGAGUGUGUUCGGGGCUGCUGCUCGCCUUGCAUCCCAAGUCGUCAUUGAAUUCAUCGGCGGCCUCAUGGAGGGGCUUGGGGAAGGAGUUGCUGAAGCCUUUGUUGAAAAUAUUGCCAGAUCAGGAAGAGCCAAUGGCAGAUCCAACAACAACUGA